AUGCGGUCCUCAUUUGCUUUCUCGAGGGACAGCCGGGAUGCUAAGGGGAGGAAACUGAAACUUUCCCAACGUGGUGAUCCCGAAAAGCGACCGAUUUUGACUCGCAUAUAUGGCAUGGUUGGUUGCCUGAUCGUCAGUCUCGCACUGAUUGCACUUCUUAUUGUUCUCCAAAAGAAGUUACCAUCUGGAGCCGCUUCGAAUUUUCAUAUCCCCGUACGAAGAGAAGUAGAAAGUUCAGUUCUUGAGCGCCGAGAAGAUGUUCUGAAAGAGGGGAUGAGAAUACCCGCCGCUCCAAUCCAACGCAGAGGAAGGUUCGCGCCACCUCUGACAGUCGCACCGACUCCAACAAUAGCACCAAUCGUUGAGCGGCAAGGCAGGUUUGGCGGCAGUGCGCCCAUCGAAGUUCUUACAGGAAUACAUUUCGCCACCACAUUUCCAACUCCCACGGGAACAACAUGUAUCAACGGGACGAGUAUGGACAUCGAAUGCACUGUCACCCCGAUUAUUUUCGAGAAGGCAAAGAGACAGGAAUUGACACCAGAUACCAGUUGCAAUACGACCAUUCUUGGGGAUUGCCCUACGACUUCGACCAUCACAGUUGAUUCUUGCAGCGUGAUUCUCGAACAAUGCACUUUUACGGAAAUAAACGUCGAUCUUGGUCCCCAGCAAUUGCACCUUAAACACAAGCACACCCACUCCGACACCGCCGCCUGUUACCAUUAUCCCAGUCAAUUCUUGCGUCUCGAUCCUCGAGGAGUGCAGUUAUACCGUCUUGAAUGUCGAUAUCGGCCCUCAGCAAGUGUGCUCAAAUUCGACGACUACCCAAAGUGGGUGUAUCUUAACUACAAGCACACCGACUCCAACAAUCAGCAGCAAUUCGUGCAUGGCAACCGAGACUUCAUGUACUACUACGAGGAAUGUCGAUAG